CCGCCCCCCUCUCCGCGCGCGCGGGGGCGGGGCAGGCCGGUCUCCCGGCGGCGGGGCCUCGGAGCUGCGUCGGGAGCAGGCGCAGUCUCACGCCGCCCUCCGGAAGCCGGGGUUCGGCGCGGCAGGUACCCCAGUCCCUGGCAGUCCCCCGAGGCUCACAGAGAGCCUCUGCGGAGCCCCGCCACGCGCAGGCAGGCAGACACGAGCUCGGAUCCCACCUCCCCGCUCUGGCAGCCUGCACUUGCAAGGACGUGGCCAGCAGGCAGGGUGGCCACUACCGUGGGCGUGGAUGUGCCCGACAAGAUGAAGAGCCGAAUCCCAGUGGUUCUCCUGGCCUGUGGCUCCUUCAAUCCCAUUACCAACAUGCACCUGCGCUUGUUUGAGGUGGCCAGAGACCACCUACACCAAACAGGAUGGUACUUUUCCCUCCUCUCACCUGUGCUGGUCUCCAGGAGGCAAGAGUCUCUCCGGUCCAACCUCAGCAGAAAGCAGACAUCCAGCCUCUGCCAGGAUGGGGGAAUAGGACUGUACCAGGUGAUCGGCGGUAUCAUCUCCCCUGUCAACGACAACUACAGGAAGAAAGACCUCGUGUCUGCCCACCACCGGGUGGCCAUGGCCCGGCUGGCCCUGCAGACGUCCGACUGGGUCCGGGUGGACCCCUGGGAGAGUGAGCAGGUGCAGUGGAUGGAGACAGUGAAGGUGCUGAGAACUUCCCUGACCCAGAUGUCCCGGAAGACUGUUCAGCAUCAUCACAGUGAACUGCUCAGAUCUCUGCCCCAAACGGAAGGCCUGGACCAUGGCAGGGCUGGCUCGACAGCCCGGACAGCUGGGCCUGAGCUGAAGCUCCUCUGCGGGGCAGAUGUCCUGAAGACCUUCCAGACCCCCAACCUCUGGAAAGACGCGCACAUCCAGGAAAUAGUGGAGAAGUUUGGCAUAGUGUGUGUGAGCCGGACAGGUCACAACCCAAAGGAAUACAUCUCGGGCUCGCCCAUCCUGCACAGGUACCGGCACAACAUUCACCUGGCCAGGGAGCCCGUGCAGAAUGAGCUCAGCUCCACGUACGUCCGGCAGGCCUUGAGCCAAGGGCACAGCGUGAAGUACCUGCUCCCAGAUGCUGUCAUCGCCUACAUCAAGGACCACAACCUCUACACCAGGGACAGCUCCAGAAAAGGCAGUAGCACCCAGAGGAACAAAGGAAAGCCAAGCUGGGGAGAGCCAGCCCCUCCUCCACGGAGCUCCUCCUAAGGGCAGUUAGGGUCUCGGCUCUUUCUUUCUUUCUUUCCCACUUUUCCUUCCUUUUAUCUAGGCAAUCCGUUUAUUUCAGAGGCGUCUCUGUCCCAGGAAGAGAUACCUUCUUUUGGGAGAAGCAGGUGCGUACAUCUCAAGAAUGGACAUUUACCAAAGAGGCUAACAUGGCACGACAGGUCACCAGAACUAGACCACAGCUCUCGGAACCUCUCGCUGCAGAGGCCUCCUUAUUCGAUAAAUGGGGACUUGGGCACGCGCACUGAAGGCAGUUCUGCGCAAGGCAGGGCCCCCUGAGGGUCAGAUCAGAACUGCCCACACGCGCUUUUUAACUAGGACCAGAUGCAGCAUGCUGGUCUUGAUUGGAGAGCCUUGACAGGAUGCUAAUUACCAAACAGUGGGCUUUGUCAACGCCUUGUUCCAGCAAAAUAAUACUAAUUGAGGAGUCAAAAAUUUGGAAGCAGCUCUUUGCCAAUUUACAUUGAAUCUUCCCUCAAGAACCACCGUCUGCCUAGGCUGUAGAUAAAAUUUAAACUAAAAUCUUUCUAAGGAGCGGCCCUCAAGCAAUAUUUUUGAUACAGCAGAUAUUCUUAACACGACUUUUUUAAAAUAUAUAAAUACCAGGGCUCCUGAUUUCCAGGUUUCUAAAAAAGGAACUGAGGUAAAACAGAUGCCUUGACUAUUUUAGAGGAUCUUUUUUGAAUGUUUUAUGACCGCCUGCCUGUUUGAAUAUUGGCAAAGGGAUAAAUAAUAAAUUGACAUCAAAAAAUACUAA